AUGUCUGAAGACGACUCUUCAUCAUCAUCCAGUAAAAAAUUAAAAGUUGAAUUAAAACCGGAAGAGGAGCUUAGAUUUGAAGUUGAUUUUGGAGAAACUCUAAAAUUGAAAUUAAUAGAAGGAAAAGCUGAAUUUUUUGGAGCGGAAUUAGCUUUAAAUAAAUCAUAUACUUUCAAUGGAGGAAGGAACGGAGCAGUAUUUACGUAUCACGGAGCAACCAUUGAACUGCAAAGUUCUAAAGGAAAAGAUGAAAUUAAUAGCUACGUCGGCUCUGAAACACCCAUGAAGGAAUAUUUAGAAAUGCAUGAGAAAAUCAAUGCACAAAGAGCUCCUAUGAAUCCUCCUCCGAGAGUAUUAAUCUGUGGACCUGCUGAUACUGGGAAAAACUCGGUCGCCAAAAUUUUAGUAAAUUAUGCAGUAAGACUUGGGCAGCGCCUGAUAUUUGCUGAUUUAGAUUGUGGUCAAAAUGAUAUCACUUUUCCUGGAACUUUGAGCAUGAUUGUUAGAAAUGCAUGGGAAACUAUUGACAUUGAAGAUGAAUUUUCUCUCUGCUCACCAUUGACUUAUUUCUACGGUGAAACCUCUCCUGAAAAGAAUAUUGAUUACUUCAAAACUUUGGUGAGCCAAAUGAAGAAAAUGAUUGAUAAACGAAUUUCGAACGAUCAAUUAUUAAGCGAGGGAGGAUUUAUUGUAAAUACUGGUAGCUGGGUUGAAGGUGUCGGACAUCAAAUACUACUAUACAUUAUCAAAGAAAUGAAUAUUAAUCAAGUAAUUGUUAUGGGUGAUGACAGAAUGACCAACAAUCUCAAAAAAGAUUUGAAGGACUCCAAAAUUGCUGUAACUAGACUUAAAAAGAAUCCAGGUGUCGUCAACAGAACAAAAGAACACAGAAGCAAGACCAAUCAAUUAAGAACAAAACAAUACUUCUAUGGAGCUACCCGAAGCUUGAGCCCUCAUUCUAUCGUUGUUAAAUUUGACGAUAUCAUUUUGUGCAGAAUUGGAAGUGAAUGGCAAGCACCAGAAAGUGUUCUUCCAAUAGGAGCAAAGUCAAGUUUUAAUCCUGUUGAGAUCAAGCAAGUAGACUUUAGCGAGGUUACCAAGUUCAGUAUUAUUGCAGUAUCCCAUGCCAGCUCCAUGGAUGAAGUUUUAACCAAAAACAUUUAUGGUGUGGUUCAUGUGACUAAAAUUGACCCAGAAAACAGAACAAUGACUGUGUUGUCACCCUCACCUGGAAAGAGUUUGCCAGGAAAAUACUUGAUUGUAGGUCACAUUUCAUGGCUAGAUACGUAA